AUGGCGGACGUUCAAAACGGUGGCAGAAUCGUGCCUAUAGUUGCAACCCCCCGGCAACUCUCGCGCUCCUCCACGGACGAUUCUCUCUCCAAACCACUUCAAUCACCCUCGGAACCACAUCCAGAAGCUCAAGCUCAAGUACAAGCUCAAGUACAAGCUCAACCGCCCUCGGAAGACAUGAAGUCAAACCGCAAAAGCCGCAGCAAGACUACCGAGGCAGAGAGUCUGGAACUCGCCUGUCUCAAAGAGCUCGAUCUCUAUGCUCUUCCCACUGAAGGGGACGGCAAUUGCCUAUACUACGCGCUCUCCGACCAGGAGUACGGAGAAUUCACUCACGCCGACGACAUUCGUAUCCGCCUCGCGGACCACAUCGCUGCCAAUAAGGGGUACUUCAUGAGCUUCGUCUCUGCCAGUGGCGGGGAGCGCAGGGCCCCUCGACGUGCCGCUGCCGUUGCCGCCGCCGCCAUGUACACCAGCUCUUCUUCGUCCGCGAGCCCGGCGCCUCCCUCAGACCAGGAUAAGGAGCGGACCUUUGAUACUAAAGUGGCUGAGUCCCGCAAGAAGGGCGUCUGGGGUGGAGCUCAAGAGAUUCAGGCCUUUUGCCAGUCUUUCAAGAAAGAUGUCAAGGUCUAUACCAUGUACGGCAUCCAGACGUUCCGCGAUGUCCAUGCUCCUCAGGACGAGGUGAGAGAGGUCGUACAUAUUGCAUAUCACGAAUUCCAACACUACUCCUCCGUACGAAAUGUCAAAGGGCCUCACCAGGGUCUGCCAUGUGUCUUGAAGGCCGACGAAGUGGCUGAAAAAGCGGCGUCGACCACCCCUACCACCGUGGACGUGGCUACCCCGUGGAAGAUCUCCGCAAUCCAGGAGGGUCUUGGGGGCAAGUUUGACCAAGACACCAUCGUGGAGAUGCUACAGCAAUGCCGCGGCAACAUCGAUCGGGCGUUCAUGAAUCUCCUCGGGGACGGCACCGGUACCUCUCUCGCAGACGCCCCUGCGUCGAAGGCGAUCAUGAAAUCGCGUCUGCAACCCUCCUCGCGGUCUUCCUCCCCCUUCAGCACCGGAAGCAAGCGCUCGGCCGACGAGAGCGACUCGGAAGAAAACCCGCGGCCUGCCGUCCGACGCACCCGGGUGCGCGAGACCAAGCGCCGGAUCCUCCCAGACGUCACGGUCGGGAUCGCCUUCCGGGACGAUCAGAACGACCUGGUGUCCCUGCGCCUGCGGGUGAGCCCAGAUACCGGGGUACAGAGGCCCUCUGUCCGCCCGACCGCGGAGCAAACAGAGGGUGGCUCGCCGGCCUCCGCCCCCGAGCCAUCCUCUGCCGCCGACUCGCCCGCGCGGGAUAGAAAGCUGCGGCUGCGUUCGAAAGCGGCCUCAGCCGAGGCUUCCAUCCCCGCGGGCGAGUCGAGCAUCGACCCAAAGCCUCCGAGGCGGAGCAAGCGACUCUCGAGAACUCGUCCGGCCUAG